AUGAAAAAAAUCAUUUCACUUCUCAUUCUGCUUCUGUUUUAUUUCCAAUUGAUUCACUCGCAAACUACUAUACCAUUCCGAUUUCGUAUUAUAACAUGGAAUGUCGGAAAUAGUGAACCGAAUUGUGAAACUUUCCGUCAGUUGGCUUUUUCAUUCAGUGUAGAUGGUAUCAAAGCUGAUCUUAUCGUCUUCGGCUUUCAAGAAUCAUCUAAGAAAGUGUUUGGUUCGUACUCACUCCAUAACACUAUUAUACAAUGUCUUCAAAAUCAUCAGUAUACAAUGAUAUUGUCGGACUACGUUGGAUCAAGUGUCAUAAAGCCAAUAUGGCUUUAUCUGUUUGCUACGAAUGUCAUCUUACAAUCAGAACGUCUUCAUCUUUUGACUAUCAACGGUGAAACUACAUUAAAAGUCUAUCAGGAUAACAUUCUAGAGAAUAUUCUUGGUUACAAAGGUAUCAUUGCUUCUCGAAUUCAAAUAGAUAACGUGACAAACUUAAUUUUUGUCAAUAUGCAUUUACCUGCUGGCGAAGGCAAACUAACAGAACGUUGUCGAUUGUUAAACAAAUUUUUUCAGACUUACCAAACGAAUUCAAAUGAUCAAAGUUACAUGUUUAUUCUUGGCGAUCAGAAUUGGCGUACUAUGGAUUCAAUGAGUAUAGCCGAUAUUCUUCAAGCAAUUCAACAAAAUGAUUAUCAGAAUAUUUUAAACAAAGAUGAAUUGACACGAAUGCGUCAAACUGAUCAUAGUAAUGAUCUAGCACAAUGCUUGAGAACGUUCUACGAAGCUCCGAUUACAUUUCCGCCGACAUACAAAUAUGUAGUCAAUACAGAUAUUUAUCUAACGACGAAAGAUCGCAAGGACCGUCGUCCGAGUUACACAGACCGUAUUCUUGUAUCGAAUAUGUCCACAGAUCUUCAAAUACUUCGAUAUUCAUCAAUGAACGAUAUCAAAAUGAGCGAUCAUCGACCAGUAUUUGCAGAUUUUCUUCUCCAACGACAAACAAAUGGAAAUAAGCCAAUUCAGCAGACUAAGUCUUUCAAAUUUAACUGA